AUGUCCGAAGGGGAGAGCAAGGACAGCUCAGGCAGCGAGUGCCCCGUGUGCUACGAGAAGUUCCGGGACCUGGAAGGCGCCAGCCGGACCCUGAGCUGCGGCCACGUCUUCUGCCAUGACUGCCUCGUCAAAUACCUGCUGUCCACGCGCGUGGACGGCCAGGUGCAGAGGACCAUAGUCUGCCCCAUCUGCCGCUACGUCACCUUCCUCAGCAAGAAGAGCUCCCGCUGGCCCUCCAUGCUAGACAAGAGCUCCCAGACCCUGGCCGUGCCUGUAGGCCUGCCCUCUGUGCCACCGUCUGACACCCUGGGCCACACGAAUCCCCUGGCUAUCCCCCAGCCUGUCUGGAGACCAUCGUCCAGCAGCCCGAGCCCAGGUGCCCAGCUCCCCUUGGACCUGCUGCCCAGCCUGCCCCAGGAGCCCCAGAUCUUCGUCAUCAGUCGUCAUGGCAUGCCCCUGGGGGACCAGGACAGCGUCCUGCCGCGCCGCAGCCUGGCUGAGCUCUCAGAGGCCUCGCCAGCGCCCACCUCCACUCACUCGUUCUGCUGCAGGUCGCGGGCCCUGCUGCUCAUCACCCUCAUCGCCGUGGUGGCGGUCGUGGCUGCCAUCUUGCCCUGGGUCCUGCUGGUAAGGAAGCAACCAUGA